CUCUGAUGAAUGAUGGCAGUUCAGUACCUGAGAAGACAAGCUCACAUUUUUUCCAUGAGCAUAGCUAUUCAAUUACUGAUAAGGGAACGCCAAGUCAGAGCACAAGUGGAGAUUCAUAUAAAGUUCGCUCUGCUAAAGCCACAGCAGCAGGAAAGAGGGUAUUGCAAGGCUCUCAAGACAAUUAUGAAGCUGAUAUUGGGGAUGAUAAUAGUUCGGCUAUGGCUAAGAAAAGAAUCAAAAGAACAAAACAUGACAUUCAAGUAGAAAAAGAUUUUUUGGACUACUUGCUCAACUUUGAUCUGAACCAUGCCUUUGUUGAUUUCGAAAGUAAGAAAGAUGUAGAUGGUCCCUCACCUCAACAGAAUGAAGAUGCAAGAGAAGAUCAACAGUCAGAUCCUGAUGUUCACCAAAAAGUGCCAUCUGAAAUUGUGUGCUUUUCUGACACCAACAAUGAUGGCAGUCAGGAAUGUAGCAAUACUUCACUCUCCCCCAAUUUAAAUGAACUAAUUGAUUCAUGUUUACAAGGGGCAUUCAAGAGGGAUGUUAAUCUACAUCCAUCUGGAGUAAUGGCUAAAUCACCAUUACAGAGUGAGGAACUGUUUGACUCAAGCAACCCUGAUUCGCUGUCUUUGCUUACGGCCAUAAUCCAUAAUCAAGGAUUGACCUGCAGCCCAGAGUAUUCAGAGAAAGAUGAACCAGAGGAAUUAGACACAGGCAACAAACAAAUUAAUCGUUCUGAAACAUCAGAAGAACAAUUUUUGGCCCAGUCAUUGUAUUGUGAGCUCCAACAGCUGCAGAAAACUUCAACCAGCCCUCCCAUUGAGUCUCUUCAUGUGGAUAAUAUCACUGGCUUUUCAGAAACACCACAUGAUGACUUGACACAAAUCAGCAUUCAAGAACUGCAAUCUCCAAAAACACUGCCCCAAAAGAAGCUUCUAAGUCAGGAUGAAGAAACAGACAUGAUCGCCAUUCAAAACCAGAAGGGGGUGGUAGAGAUAUUAGAGACAACACCAAGAACCAAUCAGACAGAAGUGACUAAGAGCUCCAAUGAAAAUGAUGGCAUGGAAUGUGAAAAGCUGAAAAGUAACACAUUAAUUGUAAAAGCAACAGAUCUCAUUGGUGGAUCUGAAGCAGAACCACAUUCUUGUUGCAGGGGGGUUGUUAAUGAGUCAGCGAGUGACGUUCUAAAAGACAAUGCCAGCACAUGUCCUGCUGAACAGCUUGAAAAUUCUCACAUGGCUAAUUGUAUUGUUAUAGAGAAUCAAAUUUUUGUAGAAUUAUCAGAUUCUGACUCCACUGUUGUGGAAUGGUCCAAUGCUGCUGAUAGUCAGGAUGCGGCCAUCACAUCAUUUCAGCAUGAACUCCUUGUUUCUGAAGGAAGGCGUAGUGAAAAGGAAGCAGAUAACACAGAGGGUGCACUGGACACAGUGUCCUCAGUGAGUGUUUUGAGGCAGUUUUUACCGGAACAUUUGAGUACACAAACUUCACUGGAUAACACUGAAGAAAAGUCACAUUUAAAACAUGAUCCACACAUAGCUCUGGAAAUCAAAGGGCUCCUAAACAAAGGUGAACUGAAAAGUCAGAAAUCGAAACAGAAGAAAAGACCACUUCAAAUCUCAUUGAAAGGAAUAAAAAACACAGAUGGAUUGAAUACAGCCUCAAAGAAGGUUUUGAAGAUUCCUCAGAAAACUCUUCACAAGAGAAACCGUGUAGGAGAGACUCUGCUUCACCGGGCCUGCAUUAGAGGAGACCUGCAAAUGGUCAAAGGCCUGAUAGAAGCUGGAAGCAAUGUUAAUGUAUCAGAUCAUGCAGGAUGGACCGCCCUUCAUGAGGCCUGUUCUAGAGGUUUUGUAGAUGUGGCAGAGCAGCUCUUGGAAGCAGGGGCCGAUGUCACCAGCAGAGGGCUAAAUGGAUGUAACCCGCUGCAUGAUGCUGUUGCAUCGGGCUCAUAUGAGAUUGUGAGGCUUCUCCUUCAGUUUGGCUCAAGCCCUCAUGACAAGAAUAUGCUGGGGCAAAGUGCAGUAGACCUCGCAGCACAUGAAAGCAUCAAAGAGUUGCUUUUGACAUUUAAAGGACCUUUUCGUAAACCUGCCCAGACAACUGACACUUCUAAACACGGAUCUCAGCUUUUGGCUUCAGAGCACAUGCAGCCAGAUCAGUGUUUUCAGUCAGCAGGAACAAGGAUCGAUUUUAUUGGCAAUAGGAUGUUGUACUGCCUUAUUAGAGAUGGAAUCAUUCAACAUGGGAAUGAUAAUUUAGAAAUUACACUUAAGGGUUGUAGCCACAAGGCCUCUCUUCUGGAAAAUGGAUCUAUCAGAGAUGCCAGUGGCAGAGUCUUCCUCCUUCCAGAACAAUGGGUUGAAUCAGUCAUGGAGAGUCAAUCUUCAGGUCCUGUCACCCCUGAUUUUGCCUUGAAAAAGGUUAUGCAUCAAUCCAAGCCACUGUGGGAUUAUGUUUCAAGUUGUUUAAAUGCAGAGAAAACACUUGAGGAAUCACUACAUCCCCAUUCCUGCACGUUCAAAAAAAGCUCACCAAAACCUGCUUUAAAAGAGCAGUCCAAAAAUGACGCUUUCAUGAACAUCACGUCAAUUCACUUGGUCAACGAUGAGGAGUUUUUUCCAAGCCAUGUGAUGAACAGAUUCUGGGAUUUCUUCGCCCAGAGUGAGGAGUGGACCUUUGAAACUUCAUAAAAUUGCUCGUGUAGCGCAAGUGCCUGAGCGUCACGGUGUUAUAAACUUUUGUGUUAGAACUUUUAUAAAGUGGAAAAGUGUUAUUAUGUGUUGUUAUAAUUUCUAAGUGUUAUUGUUGGUUUGAAAUAUGACUAUUUGAAAUGUAUUUGUACGCCUAAGUUGCUUUGGUAAGAUGAUGGUCUUGAUAUUAAAAUAAAAGUUCAUACAUUACACGUUUCGUUUCGUGUUUAUAUUAACCAAGUAACUAACCAGUAUUGAUCUCAGCGCGCUUCGAGAUGUAUUUAUGUGUUUGAAGGUUUUAAGGCAAAGUUCGGGUAUGAGUGGGCGGACAGGACUUUCCUGGCGUCCACGCCUCAUAUUCUGCUUCUCUUCAGUCAGACUGCACAAAGUGAAGUCAGCAGUCCAAGAACUUAUUCAUCUUGAGCGGAGAGACGGCACGACGCAAUCUUAAAAGACGCUGUAAGUAUCUUGAACUCGAUAGAUCAUUUAUAGAUCGACAUU